CCGGCGCACAGCACUGCGAAGACAAGUCACUCGUCUGGCCAUGCCUGUAGUACCAGACGGACCCCAGAAUGAUGUCUUACAAAGAGAAAUCUGCACCAGAUGUGGAAGAAAAAUUGAAUUUCUACAGGACAAGAGUGUUCCUGGGAAAUGUGGAUGUGUAUUUACCAUCAAUGAAAAAACGGAGCCCCGGAUACACAUUAAAUACAGAAGAGAUGUUCACUACAACGGCCAAGGAACUCAUGAGCCCGUGCAAAGAGCACGCAUGUUUGGAAAGAUUGAAUUUAAAGGAUCAGUAACAAAUCAUGCCAAGUUUGUAAAGGAGCCCUACAGCACAAAUGCAGCUGAACUGUAUUCAACCUUGACAGAGGCCUGGAACCUGUCUGCCCCGAAUCUUGUGGUGACGAUGAUGGGUGGUGAGGGGCAUUUACAGAUGAAGCCAUGGCUUCGAGACACUGUGAGGAAGGGCCUUGUGAAGGCAGCACAAAGUACAGGAGCCUGGAUAGUGACCAAUGGAUUGCGUUUUGGUGUCACAAGACAUGUGGGCGAAGCUGUGAGGGAUCAUUCACUAGCAAGCACUUCAUCAAAGGUCAAAGUCAUUGCUAUUGGUAUAACGCCGUUGAAGAUGGUGCAUGACCGAGAAUGCUUAUUCACUGCCAAGAAUGAUGAGCCGGCAUAUUAUCAUGCUGAAGACCUGCCUCAUGGCCCUACUUACUCUCUGGAUAGCAACCAUUCGCAUUUCAUACUGGUAGAGGAAGAUGAGCAACAUCCCGAUGGAACCACAGACCUGCGAAUUAAACUACUAAAGCACAUUUCUGAACAGCGUACAGGCUAUGGAGGCACUGGAAGCAUUGAGAUCCCAGUACUUUGCUUACUCAUUCAUGGAGAUCUACAAACGUUGGAGCGGAUCUACAGAGUCAUGGAAAACUCAACACCGUGUCUCAUCUUUGCCGGCUCUGGUGGCAUUGCUGACGUCCUGGCCUCCAUAAAGAAUCUGCCAUGUGAUACAGACACUGUUCAGGAACUGCUGAUGGAAAAAUUCCAUUCCAAGUUCUCCCGGGUUGAUAUCUUAAGGUGGACAGAGCUGAUCAAGCUCAUCCUUGAACAGCAGCACCUUUUAACCAUUCAUGAUCCAGCUCAAGAAGGUUCAGAAGAACUUGAUACGGUGAUUCUUAAGGCGCUGGUCAAAGCUUGCAAAAGUCAAAGCCAGGAAGCUCAAGAAUAUCUGGAUGAACUGAAGCUCGCUGUAGCCUGGAAUCGAGUAGAUAUUGCCAAGAGUGAGAUCUUUAAUGGAGAACUGGAAUGGCGGUCUUGUGACCUGGAAGAAGUAAUGAUGGACGCCUUGAUGAACGAUAAGCCAGAUUUUGUGAAACUCUUUAUUGACAACGGAAUGAAUAUCUACGAGUUCCUGACUUAUGGUAAACUUCAGGAGCUCUACUGUUCGAUUCCUCAGAAGUGCCUUCUCAAUGAGCUGCUAAGUAAGAAGCACGAGGAACACAAGCUGACCAUUGCUGCAAGGAACUCAAAUGCUCGACACGAUUCAUUUAAAAAAAACACCCGGUAUACUCUCCAUGAGGUCUCCAGGGUGCUAAAAGACUUCUUAGAUGAUUCAUGCCGUGGAUUCUACCAGGAUACCAACAAGAGAGGACCACUGGAAAAGAAUAUCAAGACAAGAAUGUCUCACGGGCAGAAAUGCUUACCCAACCUAAACCAGAGAUGUGAGAAUCCUUGGCGAGACCUCUUCCUGUGGGCAGUCCUUCUAAACAGACAGGAAAUGGCCAAUUACUUCUGGGCAAUGGGCCCAGAGGCGGUAGCGGCAGCCUUGGCUGGCUGUAAAAUCAUGAAGGAAAUGACUCGUUUGGAGUCGGAGGCUGAAUCAGCGAGGAGCAUGAAAGAGGCCAAAUACGAGCAGUUUGCCCUGGACAUGUUUAGCGAGUGCUACACAAACAGUGAAGAAAUGGCCUUUGCUUUGCUUGUGAGAAAGACAAAAUACUGGAGUAAAACUACUUGCUUGAAUCUGGCAACAACAGCCGACGCAAAAUCCUUCUUUGCACAUGACGGGGUGCAGGCCCUCCUAACAAAAACCUGGUGGGGAGCCAUGGCAACUGACACUCGCAUUUGGAAGCUGGUCCUUUGCUUUUUCUGUUCACCAUUAAUUUAUACCAACCUAAUAAAGUUCAGCGAUGAGGAGCAGCACAGCUUUUGUGAACCUGACAACUUUAAGGAUCCUGACAGUCCAGACACAGAAAAGGCCAUUCUGCUGAAUGAGAGGAAUAAUGGGUUCAACGGCAUAUCAGAAAAUGAGAAAGCAAUUGAAGGCAAUAACAGCUGGGCAGAGAGCACAAUGACACGUUGGAGAAAGUUUUGGAGUGCGCCAGUUACUGUGUUUCUGGGCAACGUCAUCAUGUAUUUUGCCUUCCUGAUACUUUUCACUUAUGUUCUUCUGGUGGAUUUUCAACCUCCUCCUCCAAAAGGGCCAUCCAUGCCAGAAUUCAGCCUUUAUUUCUGGGUCUUCACAUUGGUACUAGAAGAGAUCCGACAGAGUUUCUUUACGGAUGAAGACACUAACAUUCUGAAGAAAUGUAAACUCUAUGUGGAAGACAAUUGGAAUAAAUGUGAUAUGGUGGCGAUCCUGCUUUUUCUUGUUGGAGUCAUUUGCAGGAUGAUAGAGUCGACAUAUGAAGCUGGCCGAACAGUCCUGGCUUUGGAUUUCAUGGUUUUCACUUUGCGACUUAUUCACAUUUUUGCUAUCCAUAAGCAACUGGGACCUAAGAUAAUUAUUGUUGAAAGAAUGAUGAAAGAUGUCUUCUUCUUUCUCUUCUUCCUGACGGUUUGGUUGAUUGCCUAUGGGGUGGCAACACAGGCACUGCUGCAUCCAAAUGAGACGCGAGUGGAAUGGAUCUUCAGGAGAGUUCUGUACAGGCCCUACCUGCACAUAUUCGGCCAAAUCCCACUGGAAGAGAUUGAUGUUGCUCGCAUGCCACAUACGAACUGCUCCUACAACCCAAUUGACAUCUUUAACGAAACAUUCCCCUCAUGUCCAAACCUGUAUGCAAACUGGUUGGUCAUAUUACUGCUGGUCAUUUUUCUGCUGGUCACCAACGUGCUGCUUCUCAACCUGUUGAUUGCAAUGUUCAGCUACACCUUCCAGGUAGUUCAAGGUAACACAGACAUCUUCUGGAAGUUUCAGCGGUAUAACCUGAUUGUGGAGUACUACAACAGGCCUGCCCUGGCACCGCCCUUCAUCAUCAUCAGCCACCUCUCCCAGGCGGUCUGCAGCAUGUUCAACAAGGCUGAAUCCAAGCAGGAGCACCUUGAGCGUGACUUACCUGAAGCUGGUGACCAAAAGCUGAUGACAUGGGAGACUGUACAGAAGGAAAAUUACUUGGCCAGACUUGAGAAAAAGAAACGUGAAAGCAGUGAACAAAGACUCAAGAAAACCUCAAACAAAGUUGAUGCGCUUCUGAAAAUCUUCUCAGGAUUUAAGCAGCAAGAAAAACGUCUGGUGAGGGUGGAGACACAGCUAAGAUAUUGCAGUGAAGUGCUGACCUGGCUCAUGGAGGGCUUCAACACCAAACGACUGCCUCCUCUCUACUCAGGUCUCCCUUACAGAGCCCGAGCAGAUGAAGCAAACGCAGAGCAGGGGAUAAUGGAUUUGGAACAAACAGACCUGAAGUACAUCGACGACUAACGUCAAGGCUAGGAUAAACGAAGAAAUCAAACGAGCCAAAGCUGCUAUGCACUGGUCUAUCAAGGAAGCAAAGCUGAGGUGAUCUGGUGCAAUAGAAACGAGAACUGGGACAAUAACUUCUACAAUUGCACAAAAACACUGAGAACUGUAGGAAUGGCAAAUACCAACGACACAUGUCCUCUGACCUGCUGUUGGAAAAUGUCACCCUGUAAAUGAUAUGAAGGAUUCUAGCAAUAGUGCGUUAUAGUAGCCACCACAAAACAGAGCAAACCCUGUGAUUUAAAUGGAAAUGUUUUCUAAAAAAAAAAAACCAAACAAAACCUAAAUCCACUGUAGCCUGUUUGGGAUUUAGAGGAGGCCAUCCAUGGCUUCUCUUUAUUUAGAAUUUAGGUCAAGGGGGAACUAUUCCUGGAUGAGAUGGUACAUCACAGCACAGAAACAUCCACACUCCUCCAUGUAUUGCUAAUGUACGGACCCUCCAUUAACCCCACCUGCACAUCCCAAUAAAGUGUAACAGGAAAACCUGAGUGGCCAGAGAGACAUCCAUGCAGACCCCCAGGAGACAGCAGUUGUAACCACUGUGCCUGGCACUGCCCAAUGCAGAAAUCAUGAAUCAGCAAUUGGUAUUGAGAAGAGUCUGAGCUAACAAGUGUGUCGUUGCUACAGAAGUCGACAGAAGCGAUAUCUUAUUAGAUCAGAUGAACGUUUUAAUCCCAUAAGGGAAAUUGAGGACGCUGCUAAAAGAGCACAAACUGAGCACAAAUCCAUUGGACCAGCACUGGCAGACAACAUGCAGCAUUACAUUGGUGUCAGAAGUGGGAUUAACUCAGGUGGGAACGAACUACCAAAUGAAAUCGUCACUUCAAGGAAAACACUUCAAGGCAGAGAUGUAUUUUUAUCAGCUUUACAGAAAGGCAACUACACAAGCUGGAUGUUGAGACGUUUACAAUGAACAUGUCAGUAGUAGUAGGGUAUUGUGCCAUGAGAGCCAUUAUAGAGCCAUUAUAGAUGUAAGAAGAAGUCAAGCAAAAUGACUAACUAGAAAGAUUCCAAGGCAACUCAGGCCCCUUCUUCAGGUGAGAUGUAAUCAUCAUAGAUGACGAAAUUAAAUUUGACCAACAUCUAACUUUACUGAUUUGAACUGCCUUCUGCACUUGAUUAGUAUCAAAAUCCAAUGAAUUACCUUUAAUAGUAUGAAUCAAUCUCGUUUAAUGAUCCUUUAAUAUUCUGAGAUUAGUACUUAACCAGUCUUCCGUAUUUUGAUUACAUCUUUGCCUGAAGAAGGGGACGGAGUUUCCUCAAAAGCCUGCAUAUUGUAAUCUCUUUAGUUAGCCAA